UGCUAACGUGCGCACAGCGCCAGCUAAAUUAGCAGCCUGUUGUUAAGCUAGCCGUUAGUUUCAGGGAAGCCGAGGACGUCCACUACACAUCCGAGGGAGAAGGGGGCAGCGAAAAAGACAUCUGAAGGGAAAAGGGGGCAGCGAAAAAAGUAAACCUUUGAAAACCACCCAGUCACCAGAGUCAUCACAAAAUAAUGAAUUCAAGAAGACCUGAGCUCAGCCACAGGCGGCAAUACGGAGACAGAAACACAAGGCAAUGGAGUGAUAAUGACAACCGCUGGAUAGAAAGGGGGGGACAUCCCAAUGAUAUGCCGAGGUACUCAUACCAUGAUUAUGGUGAAGGACACGGUAGAACGGAGAGAACUCGAGGAACAAGGGAGUAUAGUGACUCACCUGAGAGGAAAUACAGUAAAAAAUCACUGCAUAUGGAGGAGAACCAGAGGAGUCCAGUGAGGAGACAAAGUCUUUCUAGUCUUAAUACUGAGAAGGAUUUUGACUGGGAUCGAAAAUAUGUCAAGCUAAGGGAGGAUAAACCCAUGCUUUCUUGGAGAAAAAGAGGCCAUCAGGUGACUGAGGAUCAUGUUGUCCAAGAGAACACUGGCCCCAAUGUCAAGCAGUUUUCAGAAGAGUCAAAGACUUUUUCCGAACCAUGGACGUCUGAAAAAAAGCAGUGGAGUUUUUUGAAGGAUGAAGGAGAUGAGUUAACAUACAAGCAACACCCACAGGGGUUUAUGUCUGGACAGUCACCAAACGAUCACGAUUAUAGACAUUCACUGAAAGACUCCAAACACAGGGAAUCGGCACACGAGGAUUUCAAAUACAGGAAAAACUCAGAAGAUUCACCUUACAGGCAACCGUCUGAAGAGUUUGCAUACAGAAGAUCAUCCAAAUAUCACUUGGAUCGACAUUUUCAAGACGGGAACAGUCACCCUUCAGAGGAGAGGACACAAGAGAAAGAAUUUUCUUCAAGGGUUCACACCAAACCCAGAGACAGACAUGACAGACCUUCCUCCCCACCUUAUGAAAUUCAUUGUCAAACAAGGACAAGGUCUCCAGUCAAAUCUCGUAGACAGGUUGUUGAGGCUGAAAGUGAUGUCACCAGUCAGGAUCCAGCUCUUACUGGGAGAGCUGGUCCACGGAACACAGCGGCCAAGGGAUUUCAACGUUUCCUCAGCAUCCUCAACAAAGGAGUGGAUGUUGACAUGCUCACCAAGAUAGUUAGUCGGGAUCCUGUGGUAGCUGAUGAUUUAGAUACUUCCUGGUCUCGCAGCAGUGCCAGGCAUCCCAAGGGCCACUGUGUGGGGUUUCAUCGGAGUGAAAACCUGGGAUCCCAGAGUGAUGCCUCUCUGCGAAACGACCCCAGCCAUCCAGCCAGUGAAGGGCAAAGGAUUGAGCAUCAUAGCCAAAAUAGAUCCCCUGGGGAUUUUCAAAGAUGCUCUCUGUCUAAUGAAAUAUCUCUGCAAAGGAGCGACGACAUAGGACGUGGUCAUUUUAGCUCAAGCAGCAGAUCAAGGUCCCCCCCACUAGUAUUGGAGAAGAAACAAAUAAGACCUGAGGAUGAGCAGAAGUGCAGGCAGAUGCGGGAUGUGCUGCAUGCUAUUGGCAUGGAUUUAGGACUAGAUGAGCUGGGCCAAAUGUCAAGUCGAAUUCAGGAGAGGUUAUAUGGGAAGAAAGAGUGUAAUGAGAGCAGGGAAAUUAAGGGAGAGAGGGAGGAGACAAGGAACACACUCUCCCCAGGACGUCACAGCAGAUCUUUGUCAUCGAGCAGAUCUAGUUUUGCCCCGCUUACUCAGCAUCUUUCUAUGAGAAGAGACUCUUUAGACACUCCAAGGGACACAGUAGAGGUACCACAAACCAUACAGUCCUAUGUUGGUGUUAACAGUAAUGUCAAUGAAAACAAGUCCCAGAAGUCAAUUGAAGCAUUGCACACCUCAUUUUCUAUUAAUCCUACUACAUACAUGUCCGCACCACCCCCUGCACCCCAGAUUCAAACUUACCCUCUAAAGCAGUACUCACCAUACAGCUGCUCGCCGCCUGCAUUUUCUCCUUCCUGGGGGAUCGGUGGCGGAUCCCUUCCAAUCCCACCUCAUGUGCCCAGGCACAUCCCUUACCCCACUGUUCCUCUUUCAAAUAUUCAUAGGCCAGCCUUUGGCCCUAGCCCCAUAUUACCACAAUGCAAUAGCAUUCGUCAGCUCAAUCUGAGCUUGACAUCACAAAGUCCUUUUCCAGUUCUGCCCGGGAACACCACCACGAACUCAAAAACAUUGUCAAGGCCCCGUUGUUUGCAUGUCAUUGACACACAAAAACCUAAACAGGAGGAGGCUGUAACAGAGGUGAAAACUAAAUAGGCAGCCGUUGAUGGCCAGGGAGCAAGGGCAGAUAAGGGGUGGAAGAAACGGAUUAAUCCAACUAAGGCUGCUUGAACCGAAGUUGAAAGAAGACCAGCAGAGUAUCAGAGAAGCCCCUGAGAUAAAAUUCUGAACUUAAAGAAACAUCGGCUCACGAUAUAGUGGAGGUCACCUAGUGCGGCACUCAAUCGCUAGACAAGAAGCACUGUCAACACCAGUAUAAAAUGCGCCCUUGUUCACAAAAAUAACCCUGGAGUGUUACCUUAGCUAGCUGAUUAGAGACUUUGAAUCCUUGCCUCCAUUAUGAAUCGACACAGGCCUUUUCUGUCGGAAUGCACUUUUUGAGUGCCACCAUUUUGUGUGAGUUGGAGCUGCAAGGUUGUGAAUUCCAUUUUGCAGUUUAGACAACUGUAAAAAUAUGCAAUGAUAAAGUGGAAGGCUAACCAAAAUAAAACUGAAUCUUGGAAAAAAAGCGGUUCCCUCACGGUCCAAAUUUAUGUAGUUUUGAGUAUAAAUGGCACGUGUGAAGCAAUUUUUGAGAGGAGAUCUUACUCUGCAAGUGCAACUUUUAGUUUUCAGAUUUUCUGUCAUUUUGUAUGUUUUGUUAUCCCUGCCUCAGUUUGUAUCUAUAGCACAAUAACAUGGUAUGGUAACACUAUAAAGGCUUUUCUGUGUGCUUCA